GCAGAAGUUCCAGAACAUGAAAGUCUUGACAUUGGACAAGUGUGAAUAUUUAACCCAUAUACCUGAUGUCUCAGGUCUUCAAAAUUUGGAAAAGUUCUCGUUUGCAUAUUGUCGUAAAUUAAUUACAAUUCACAAUUCAAUUGGACACCUAAAUAAACUUGAAAGGUUAAGUGCAUAUGGUUGCAGCAAGCUCGAACGUUUUCCACCUUUAGGGUUGGCAUCUCUUAACGAAUUGGAUCUCUCUUUUUGUGAGAGUCUCAAGAAUUUUCCAAAAUUAUUAUGCAAGAUGACAAAUAUCAAAGAGAUUGGUAUAUCUUAUACUUCCAUAGGAGAAUUGCCAUCUUCAUUUCAAAAUCUCAAUGAACUUGAUGAGUUAUCAGUAGUGGAAUGUGGAAUGAUGAGGUUCCCAAAACAGAAUGAUCAAAUGUAUUCUAUAGUGUUUUCAAAUUUGAGAAAGCUUAGUCUCAGCGACUGCAACCUCUCAGAUGAAUGUCUCCCAAUAUUUCUCAAGUGGUGUGUUAAUGUGAAAUUGCUAGACUUAUCAUGGAACAAUUUCAAAUUUAUUCCUGAGUGCCUUAGUGAAUGUUACCUUCUUAAUAACCUUAGAUUGGAUAACUGCAAGUCUCUCGAGGAAAUUAGAGGGAUUCCACCAAAUCUUGAAAGGCUUUCUGCAAUGGGAUGCAAAUCAUUGAGUUCCUCAAGUAGAAGAAUGCUAUUGAGUCAGAAGCUACAUGAGGCUGGAUGCAAUAUUCGUUUCCCAAACUUCAGUGAUGGGAUUCCAGAUUGGUUCGAGCACCAAAGCAGGGGAGACACAAUUUCCUUCUGGUUUUGUAAAAAGAUCCCUUCUAUUAUUUCUAUUAUUCUUUUUCCGGGAUGUACAUGUAUUCCAGAAGCCGAUUUAUUUGUCAAUGGCUAUAAAUGUUUUCUUUCUGGUUCUUCAUUUUGUGGUUUUAGUUUAGUUGACAUUUUGGAGUCGGAACAUUCAUUUUUGUUUGAUGUGAAAUUGGAAGAACAGAUUAAACAUUUGAAUCUCAUUUCUGAAAUGGACAAAGCACUUUUAAAAAAUGAGUGGAUCCAUGUGGAGCUUAAUUUUGUAAAGAAUGUUUGGAAUAAAUCGAUCUGUGUGACUGAAAAAUUAAGCAGUGCGCAAAUGGGAAUCCACGUGAGGAAGGAGAAAAGCAACGCAGAGGAGAAUGUGAUAUUCACCGAUCCUCAUAGAGGAUAUAGAAAUACUUCAUUAUCACAAUUUGAGCCUCCUCUGAAAAAGCAAAGAUUGGUGGAAGUGGUAGUUUCAGAGACAGAAAUUUGGCAGCAGCAACAUCUAGCAUUAUUGUCACUGCAACAACAAAUGGCUUUAUUACCACAGCAACAACGUAUAACUGUUUUGUCAGGCAUGUGGAACUUGGUGCUUAGUGAAACAAAGCAAAGCACUUCUAAGAAAAAGCAUGCGGAAGUGGGAGUUUCGGAGACAGAAAUUUUGCAGCAACAACAUCUAGCUUUAGUGUCAGGCAUGCAAAACUUGGUGCUUACUGAAACAAAUGAGGAACAUCUUUGCUAGAUAGAUUCCUUUGUCCAGUGCAUUGUCAGGAAACCAUCUGUAGUCGUCUGGCUUUUUGCAUUGUCACACGAGAUGUGUAGUGAUGGCUCACCGCUCACACCACAAUAUCUGCGACUUGUUCGAAAAGGCAUUGGGUAAAGAUAUGCUUUACAGCUCAGUUGUACUGUUUCGUUGCUACAUUGAGUAUGAAUUGUACAUUGCACAUGAUUCUUCUGCGUCUCGACGUAUCUUCAUUCGUGCUAUCCAUGCCUGGUGUGUAUUUGUGUUUUAGGUUACUUCUCUAAUGCUAAAAACUUGUUCUCUCUCCCCAAAAAUGUGGUAAUAAAAAAAAACUAUUUAUUAGUUGUUCUGAUUUCUGACGUAGAUAUUUGGUAGAACUAGAAAGGACUGUACAGAUUAAGCUGUUUUAAUGCAUUAGUUAUUAAGCUGUUUGAUUUUUGUAGUCUAAAAUUCUAAAUGUUACCAUCCAUUCU